AUGGAGAAGCUCAUCUUGCGCGGUGUCAUGUGGGGCGCCGACAAGAUCCCGGACUCGGUCUUCGACAAGAUCCCCGGCGGCUACUACAAGGCCAAGGAGGAGCAGUACAAGAAGGAGAAGGCUGAGGAGAAGGCCGAGAGCAGGACCCACCGCGCCGACAUGCCCAAGCGCCGCAGCCACCGCCGCUACAGCGAGGACGAGUCCGACGACCGCAAACACCGUGCUGGCGAGCGCGACGACGGAUACGCCUCGGACGGCCGCACUCGUCGCUCAAAUGCGCAGAGCCAUGACGGCGCCGCCGACAGCUACGACACCGUCAACGACCGACCGCGGCGAAGAAGGAGCAGAGCAGACCCAAACAGAGGCGCCGAACGUUCCAAGCGCGAGAGCCGCAAUGCCGAGGAGACUCUCAGCGGAGGAUGGUCGUAUCAUGAUGGCCCUGUAGAGCCGCCGCCCAUGUCACCACAGCAAGCUGCUACAGGUGCCGCAUAUGGUUCCCCGCCUGCCACUCACACACUCCCGAACACUAUGGCAGCGCAUGUAGAGACGGCGAGUCGGUCGACUUCAACCCUACGUGGCGGAUACGUGCCGUAUGCAAACAUCUACGGAGGUCCAGCACAACCCCAGCAGCAUUCAGGAUAUGCGCCACCGCCUUCCGACACUGGAUCGGUGCAGCCCAAUCACAUGAACCAAGUUGCGCCUCCAGUACAGCCGCAGCCGCAGCACGGCUAUCACCAAAAUCCCUUUGCUCAGGAAGCUCCUCUCGGAAGUCAGCCAGCCUUCAUGCCCGAUCCCUACUACAACCCUCGCCGGUAUGAUGAUAAAUACGACGGACGUAGUCAGGGUACCGAUGAGCGCCGUUUCUCCAGGUCCCCGCCUCGUCGCCAUCGCUCCAGGAGAGACGACUACUCACCUUGCAACGACAGCCACGACGCACGAGACACCCGCCGACGAGCGCGUAGUGAGCGCCGCCACGGCGACCAUCCGCCAUCACAAACUCGAAGAGGUAAGUCGCGCAUCCGGGAUUCCAUCGAUACGUCCCAGCGCGGUCUGGGUUAUGGCGCGGUGGGUGCACUCGCUGGUGGUCUCGUGGGCAAUGAGCUCGGGAAAGGACCGCUCACAUCUGCUAUUGGAGCUGUCGUGGGUGCUGUUGGUGCUAACGCAUUUCAAGCUAGGGAGAGAAAGAAAAAAGAUGCUGGUGACCUCAGGGCAAUCGAAUCACGGUGUGGUGGCUACACUUCCGAUUAG